UUGUAUAAACCGGAAACGCGGUAUAUUGUGAACUGUGCAGUGGCGGGAGAGUGAGUGUGAAGUGUAGUGUUUGUAGUGUGUGAGAUUUCAAAAUAAAAAUGUCACAGAGUUCAAUUACAAAUUACUUUAUCAAACGCAAAAGACAUACAGCAGAUGAUGUUAAAACGCAGUCUAAAGUACUUAUCAUUGAUAAACGAAACGAAAACUUACAAAACGAUUCAUGCAAAACGAUACUACGAGGUGACGCUAAAGCUGAUGGAGAAAACAGUAACAGGAAAAUUAUAUUGAAAUGUUCUUCGGACAGCCAGAAUCCUGUGCAAAAAAGCACUUUGAGUGAACAAAAAAAUAAGUCAAAUAUCAGACGUUGCGGAAAGAAGACGCUCCCAGAAAAGAGAGUUUCAUUUAAUUGUGAUAUCAGAGAAUCGUUUCAAAAUGCAAACAAGAAGUUUCCAAUCGUCGAGAAAAGUGAGACACAGGAAACUUUGCUUGAAAGUAAACCAUCAGAGAAUGGAAGCUCACAGCUCAACCAGGGUAUUUCUCUGGAAGCUGGAGAAUUGGUGGUAUUGCAGCUUUCCCCAUGUGAAAAGAAAUCUAAAGCAAUCCAAUCCAUGGAACCACUUGAAAGUUGUCAGGACAAGGUACAGGUUGGGAAGCCACUAGACAUAACCAAUGCUCGCCAAGAACUUGGACUCAUGACUCCUAAAAGGCUGCAGGAGAACUCCUGUCUUCCAAAGGAGUUGUCACUGGCUGAAAUUAGAAACAAAUUAUCAAGAAGCACCAGACUUGCUGAGCUGAAAGAAAAGGUUACCAAAAUCAACAGAUGUGCUACAAAACUGAAAGAACUAGAAACAAGAAGGAAAGCAUUGGAAACUCCUAGCACACCUAAAAUACAAAAGUUCAAAGCUCUUGACAUAGAGGUUCCAGUUAGCCCUCAGAGUAGUGUUAGCAGCACACCACAGAAGUUGUUGAGUCCACUCAAGAGCCCUCUGAAAUCACCUGCUCAUCAGCGAUAUGCGGCACUUGCACGAUCUGAGGUGCCAUCAUUACCUUUGCCUUAUUCUUACCGUUGUCUGGCUGAGGCGUUCCGCUGUCUUGAUACAGUUGUCUCCAUGAUGCACAAUCGCAAAGAAGCUGUCACAUUCAACAAAGUUAGUCCUGCAGUGCGCGAGAUGCUUAGGAAAGAAUUCACAGAAUUUCACCUGGGUCAAAUAAAGCAUGUAUAUCCAGAAGCAUAUACUUACACUCAGCAGAAAUGCCAUGUUUUUGGGUGUGCAGUGAAGCAAGAGAAAUAUGAGCUUACGCUGGAGCCAGUGUUGUUGAAAAUGCAGGAAGUUGGUGCAGAUAACUCAAAAGUUGAACCAACAAUGACUCCCUCUUAUCUUCUGGAGCGAAGGAAAGUGUUCCAUAGUAAAUUACUGGAAAUAGUGAAAGAUCAGCAUGAGGCUUUUUUAAAGAGUUUGGAUCCACCAUUGAUACUGGAGAAAUCAAAGUUGACACGUUGGCAUCCAGAAUUUGAUAUUGAUAAAUUGCCUGAUUUGCCAACAGAAUCACUGCCAAAACCACCAAAUGAAAUUAGUUAUCGGACAGCUAAAGAUGUCCUUGAAUGUGCAAAGGAUAUCUUUCAGUGCAAUAAAAGAAUGGAAAAUGCCUUAAAACUUGUAAGUGAAAAACAAUCUCGAAGCAGAACUGAAGCUAGAGUGAAUGAGAGGGUUGAAGCAUUUAAGACAGAUUUGUAUAAGGGAAUUCCAAAAUCUGUGCUUGAGAAGGUUCGAGCAAAACAAGCAGCAAAGACACUUAAAGAAAUGACUAUAAAACCAGAAGAAGAGAAAGAAAUAGUAAGGUACACUAGGCUUCCUGAAAUAGCUCGUAUUUUACGUACUCUCUUUGUUGCGGAACGCAGGAGAGUUUUACCAGUGGAGCUUGUCCUGGAUAAGCUGCGAGACAGUACAAGAGAAAAUCUUUCUUCAUCUGAGCUUCAGGUGCACAUUGAGCUGCUGAUCAAAAGUGUGCCAGGUUGGGUUGAAUUUGAGCUGGUAAGGACAUCUAAGUAUUUGAGGCUGUCAAAGAAUGGUGACAUGUCUAAAGUGAUGAAACGCUUGGAAACAUUAGCAGAAACUAAAAGCUCAUUGUAAGCAAUAAGACAUUUCUCUGUGUGUCUCAUGUGGUAUAAAUCAUAGGCCACAAUGUUACUUGUGAUGUUGUUACAUGUAUUGUGUUCAUUCACAUGUGGGAAGGGAUAAAGUAAUGAAAACGUACAUCAUAUUUGUAUAGAUAAAUGUCGUGCAGUCAUUCUGGUGGUGUUUAUCUCUCCUAGGAGUGUGAACUUGUUAGUUCUGAGACUUCAAAUAAAGCCUUUUAGAACUGAUCAUGCUAAUGAACUGUGUAUUUUUCACCAUAUAAAUUUAUUUAUUGUUCACACAGUUUCUUUUUAAAGUCACCAUUGUUCCUGUCUGAGUAAGAUCAAGUCUCUUUUUGUGUUUGCUGUCAUUUACAUUUUUCUAUUUUGGUAACUUCGGAACCAGCCUACUUGUGAGAGGAUGGAGUAGGUAAUUUUUAUAAAAGUGCAUAUUUAUUUUUCUUCUAUAUUAUAGUAAAGAUGAAAAAUUUGUAAUCAAAUGAUUUUUGAAACAUUUGUAAGAAUAUUUUAUUCCAGAGGUAGUACAAGUAAUUUAUAACUUCCUUCUAAAUCGGUUUUAGGCUUACAUCUGCUUGCUAAUAAAGUGACAUUUCAUUAGCAAUACCUUGUUAAAAAUAAGUGUGUUCAGUUAAUUUUAUUAAAACUAUUUUACCAUGUUUGUAUUUCAUUCAUUGUUAAACAUUUCAUGAUGUGAAAGUACCACAACUUUUUAUAGCCUUAUGAAGCCAGUUUUCCAUUGUUACAAAUGGAUCUUUAGUGCAGUACCGCAGUGUAAAAUUAAGUUGACAACUUACGCAAGUUUCAUCAGUGAAACAUUUAUCUGUGUACUUAUAAUUAACUUGCUGUUGCAAUUAUUUUUCCAUAAUAUACUGUUAUGAGCUGUAAUUAAAUAUAGCUCAUACGCAUCACCUUCUUUUAAGUUCGUUGUGAGAGAUUGGCACAUAUUUUAAGUAUGUGGAAUAUUUUUGACACCAACACUUCCCACUAGUUUGUGGAAUCGAGUGUGUUUAAAUUACACACACACAUUUCAAAUCGUAGCGACACUUUGUAAAAUAAGACUGAAGUGCAAAACUUUUAGCUUAUUCUAUUUUGUAAUUACUUUGGACUGUAAAAAAGUCAUUUGCAAAUAAAGACAUUAUGUAAUUUGA